AUGCUUCAAGCUCAAGAGCAGUUGCAUGGUAACCCAGGAGAUAGUUCCCUUGCUAGUGCUGAUAAAAUAGCUAUUGAGGCAUAUAGGAAGGCUCAGGAAGUAUAUAUGACCUUCUUGAAAUUGAAGGCCAAAGACAGAUGGAUUUGUUUGGGUGAUGCUAACACCAAACUCUUUCAUCAAUCAAUUGAAGCAAGGAGGAAUCAGAAUAAAAUUUAUGUUUUUCAAGAUGGACAGGGGCAGUGGGUGAAUGAGGAAAAAGAUGUCAAUGCUGCGUUUGUCAAGUAUUACCAAGAGUUACUUGGAGUCAAUAUGGAGAUCAAACAGACUAUGUUUUCUAUACCUAAUAAUAAGGCCCAUGUCCUUGAUGGGUAUAAUAGCUAUUUUUUUAAGAAUAGCUGGGAUAUAGUGGGAAGUGAAGUCACUGCUGCUGUAAAUGACUUCUUUCAUUCUGGUAAGCUCUUGAAGUCAGUCAAUGUUACAUCUAUUACACUCAUUCCCAAAGGAGCUUUUGUCUCCAAUAGAAGUAUCCUACACAACAUUCUCCUGUGUCAGGAUAUUGUUAAGAUGUAUAGAAAAAGCCAAAAGCAAAAAUGUUGUCUGUUAAAGAUUGACCUACAGAAGGCAUAUGAUACUGUUAGUUGGGAAUUUCUUGAAGAGAUGCUGGAGGCUUUGAGGCUGAUGAAGUACAUUGGGAAACAACCUGGAUUUGGUUUUCACCCUGGGUGCAAAACUUUAGGUAUUAAUCACCUGUAUUUUGCAGAUGAUUUGAUCUUGUUUAGUAGGAGAGAUUACAUAUCUAUUAACAUAAUCUUACAAGGUGUGGAGUUGUUUGCUGCUCAUACUGGCUUGAGAGCAAAUAAUAAUAAAUUUGAGAUCUAUAGCUAA